GAACGAUGGCGGCUCGAUUGGGUUUGAGUGCGGUGUGCCGCCGGGCCACGCAGGCCUGGGGUGCACGUGCGGCUAUGCAGCAGCAAGUUCGAACGGCUGCUGCUGGCCCCACCUUUGCGUACCAGGACCUGUUUGAGACGGCGGGUCCCCUCGGCACGCCCUACCGCAAACUCUCGGACCAGGGCGUUGAGACGAUCACCGUGGAUGGUCAGGAGGUCCUACGGGUCGCCCCCGAGGCCCUGACGCUCCUAUCUGAGCAAGCCAUGAUUGACAUUGCCCACCUCCUGCGCCCUGGCCACCUGCAACAGCUGCGCAAGAUUCUCGACGACCCCGAGUCCUCAAAGAAUGACCGUUUUGUGGCCCUGGAACUGCUCAAGAACGCCCAGAUUGCCGCGGGCAUGGUGCUUCCCGGAUGCCAGGACACCGGCACCGCCAUCUGCAUUGGCAAGAAGGGCCAACACGUCUGGUCGACCGGUGAUGAUGGCGAGGCUCUCUCUCGUGGCGUUUUCAAUGCCUACACCCGCCGCAACCUCCGCUACUCCCAGGUUGCCCCGCUGGACAUGUUUCAGGAGAAGAACACGGGCAGUAACCUGCCAGCCCAAAUUGAGCUCUACUCGACGCCUGGCAACGAGUACCACUUUCAGUUUAUGGCCAAGGGCGGUGGCUCGGCCAACAAGACCUUUUUGUUCCAGCAGACCAAGGCCGUUUUGAACGAGAAGAAGCUCGAGCAAUUCCUCGAGGAGAAGAUCAAGACCCUGGGCACUGCCGCUUGUCCUCCAUAUCACUUGGCGAUUGUUAUUGGCGGUCUUUCCGCGGAGAUGAACCUCAAGACUGUCAAGAUGGCAAGCACUCGCUACUACGACAACCUGCACACGAGCGGCAACGAGAUGGGCCGUGCCUUCCGUGAUCUUGAAUGGGAGGAGCGCAUCCACAAGCUGACUCAGAACCUGGGCAUUGGUGCACAGUUUGGUGGCAAAUACUUUUGCCACGAUGUGCGCGUCAUUCGCCUGCCACGCCACGGUGCCUCGUGUCCCAUUGGCAUUGGUGUCUCGUGCUCGGCUGAUCGUCAGGCUCUUGGCAAGAUCACGAAGGAGGGCGUUUUCAUCGAGGCGCUCGAGACAAACCCGGGCCAGUACCUGCCCGAGGUCACGGAAUCAGACCUGGGGGAUAAGGCCGAGGUCGUAAAGAUCAAUCUGAACCAACCCAUGGAAGACAUUCGCAAGCAACUGUCGUCCUAUCCCAUCCGCACGCGUCUGUCGCUGACUGGCAAACUGAUUGUUGCUCGUGACAUUGCUCAUGCCAAGCUCCAGGAGCGUAUCGACUCUGGCGAGGGUCUGCCCGACUACAUCAAGAACCACAUCAUUUACUACGCUGGCCCUGCCAAGACACCCGAGGGGUACGCAUCGGGCAGCUUUGGACCCACUACAGCUGGCCGCAUGGAUUCAUACGUCGGUCCCUUCAUGGAGAACGGUGGCUCCUUUAUCACCUUGGCCAAGGGUAACCGCAGCAAGCAGGUGACCAACGCCUGCAAGGCCAAUGGUGGUUUUUACCUGGGCUCCAUCGGCGGUCCUGCUGCCAUUCUGGCCCUCAACAGCAUCAAGAACGUCCAAGUUAAGGAGUACCCCGAGUUGGGCAUGGAGGCCAUCUGGGAGAUUGAUGUUGAGGACUUUCCCGCUUUCAUCGUCGUGGAUGAUAAGGGCAAUGACUUUUUCCAGGAAUGGAGUCUCUAAGUCUCAAGCAUGGACCGCACAUAGCCUUCUAUUGAAAUUGACGCCUCUGCUACUCAUGGCCUAUGCAACAGGCGUCAUGGACAAGUGCUUGUGCGAGCUGCUGCUUUGUUUCCCCUCAAUCGAAGAUCCGAGCCUG